AUUCCCCAUGAAAACCGGCGCACACGUCCCAUGUUCAGUGGGAUGCUGCGCUGUUGCAUGUCAGUGCCGUGGGAGGCGUUGCGUUGCCUCUCAGAGAUGCCUUCCCAGUGAAAACUCUCAAGGAAGCGGGGCUACGACCACGCGUUUUGUCCUUGGCUUUUCCUUUCGUCCAAUCUUCCAGUGCUUAUUUUCAUGUCACUGCAAUGUCUGGCUGGUGUGGGACUCCGGGGACACAGGCUCAGCGUUCGUGUAGAUGCAGAAACAGUGACCUUUCUCAGUUGUAAAGUGGGCCUCGGAGAUACACUUUCUGAUAUCAAGUGGUCUCUAGGCCGCCCAUAAUGACCCAGAUUUGUGUAUAUAUCUUAAUCUUACUAAAGCCUGUUGAUAGCGAAAUUCUGGAUUGCCCGAAGAACGAAAAGCAAUUUCAUCAGUUGUUUUUAACUGCCCUUUGAACUACAACAAGUCCGAGAAAAGCGUUCCAACACGAUCAGGGUGUCCCACUGAGACAAAACUCAAAGCAUCAAAAGGUGAACAGGACUUACCAUCUCUUCACUUCACAUCGACGGCUCUCAGGACACCAUGCUUUAAGAGCCCUCUUUGACAGAGCAUCACGGCGUGCCUGAGCGCAUGCAAAAGGCCACAUGCACCGCCACACACGUGCUCUGCUUGGCGCGAAAGAAACCACUAAAACGGCCGGAUUAUACAUGUAUAACCAUGGAGAUCUUUGCUAAGAGGCUCAUGGCCACCGCUACAUCUACAUUGGGAAAGAAGAAAAUAGACCUCUUUUAUGAUGUGCUGUCUCCUUAUACCUGGUUUGCAUUUGAGACUCUCAUGCGGUACAAGAACCACUGGAAUAUCGAAGUGACACUAAAGCCAAUGUUGCUUGCAGGCGUAAACCAAGCAACUGGAAACAAACCACCUGGACUUGUGCCUAAUAAAGCCAUAUAUAUGAACAGUGACCUUGCCAGAUGUGCCACCUACUUUAAUGUGCCUUUCAAAAUGCCCGAGGAUCCAUUUGAGAUGAUAAUGGUAAAAGGUUCGCUCAUACCAAACCGGUUUCUCACUGCCAUAGACAUGUUGUAUCCUGAACACCUUGAAGCUGCAAGUCGAGCCUUGUGGAUAUCAGGAUGGAGCAGGGGUGAAGACUUCACGCAGCCUGCCAUCCUAGCUAAGGCAGGCCAAACUGCAGGCCUUUCAAAAGACCAACUUUUGAAGAUACAGGAACACAUGACCCACCAAGCCACCAAAGAUCGUCUACGUGCUUAUACUGACCAAGCUAUUCAGUAUGGGGCUUUUGGGUCUCCAACAAUUAUAUAUCACAAGAAUGGGUCUCCUCAGCUGUUUUUCGGUUCUGACAGGUUCCCAAUUUUGGCACAGGAAAUUGGCGAGGAAUGGCGAGGGCCUCAACCUAAUUCUACAGAUUCUAAAUUGUAGUUAUUUUUCCUAUAUCAGUUUGAAUGGGAAAAUAAAUUGAAUUCUUCCUUAAUUCUCAGUUAUCAGAAAUAUUUUAGACUUUGGCAUCUAUGUAAACUGGAAUUGCAUAUAGAUAUAUAUAUAGAUUUUUGUGUGAACUUUGUCAUGCAGUGAAUAUUGUCCAACUUAAUUUAUCUGCUACAAGGCAAGGUCCUUUCUUAAAAUAUGACACGGUAAGAUACCUACUGAGGUGAAAAAAAUAUAUAUUUAUUAUUAUAUUUUUGGUACUUUCAGCUCACCAAUUAAAGUAAAAUAUAAUUAAUGAAGUAAAUGUUAACAGGCUGUUGCUUGACAAAAUUUAAGUAUUUGCAUGACAUACUUAGAUUGGGUUGGUUUUCAAGGUUUCAAGACCCUGUUUCUUAGUUACAAGUAGAAAAGAAUAUAACUACAUUAUAACUUUUAUGGUGAUUUUAAUUUAGGUAAUUAUUGACAGUAAUGUGGUGCUACUUUGAUAACUGCUUAAAUGUUAUUGAUGAAAAUG